AUGGAGGAGGAGCAGCAGCAGCAGCCGCAGCCUGACCCGAGGAGGCCUCGCCCACCCCCGCCUGCUCCUCCGCGGCCGAGGCCACCAGUGCCACCCCCGCAGCCUCCGCAGCCACCACCAGCUCCACCUGCUGGAUACAAGAGGCUGCAUGGUCUGGAAGCGGAUACAAAGGCUCCGGACCCAAGAAACCCUGGCAAUGGCGCUAGGAACUUCACUUCCCGCGUCAGCAGUCCAAUGGUUUCUGCUGGAGCCGCUGCUGCAGAUCCAGAAAAUAAACGGCAGUAUCAGGAAAAGCGUCGUCGUCACGUCACAGACCAAGCUGACGCCGAGGUCAAACGACCGAGAGUAAAAGACGAGCCGCCGGAAGCAACAGAGGCACAUGGGAAGAACAGAGCAGUCCCAUUAAAAGUGCGUGGUAUUACAUGCAAAGAUGUUUUCGUUAAUGGACGCGAAGGACUGUUGGUGACAGUUUCUUGGGAGAAGAGAUCUUGUGAAUCCAAGCCCGAAUUCAAAACUGAAAGCAAAGAUGCUGCAGUACCGACCAUCGCCGAACUGCAAGAUAAUCAAAAUGCCCAAAGGUCUCCUGCAGAAUCAAAUUUGCAGCACACUGCACAGCAUGGCUGUGUCGGACCACCUUCCUGGCACUGUGCCCAGUGA